UUCGACCAUUUUCGUACAAUUGUCAAUACACAGUCACAACCAGUCCACCGAUUGAUCCACUCACCAUUAACAGCUGGAAAUAUUACAAUCACAAUCAUGGUAAUGGACUCCUUUUCUUCUACCAGGAUCACUACUCCCAGGUUUCGCUGCUUCGACCCUGCGACUUCGACAUCGUCCUCCUCGCCUUCCAAUUCAAAUUCAGUGGUUCGAAGGGCGUUAUGGGAACUUCAAGCGCUGAUCAGCGUAAGAUUGUCACCGGAGACAAUGGUUACGUUCUCGAAGAUGUUCCUCACUUGUCCGACUACAUCCCCGACCUCCCUACCUACCCCAAUCCACUGCAAGACAAUCAUUCCUAUUCAGCUGUUAAGCAGUAUUUUGUCAAUGAGGAUGAUACUGUUGCUCAGCAGAUUAUUGUCUACAAGAAUAGCCCAGGAGGGACACAUUUUCGCCGUGUAGGACCUCGCCAAAAGGUGUAUUUUGAGUCUGACGAAGUGCGCGCAUCUAUAGUAACAUGUGGUGGUCUGUGCCCUGGUAUAAAUACUGUAAUUAGGGAAAUAGUAUGUGGCCUAUACUACAUGUAUGGUGUAAACAAAGUUCUUGGAAUAGAGGGGGGAUACAGGGGUUUCUAUUCCCGUAAUACUAUUCCUGUAACACCUAAAGUUGUUAAUGACAUUCAUAAACGUGGGGGCACCAUCCUUGGGACAUCACGAGGGGGCCAUGAGACAUCAAAAAUAGUUGACAGCAUUCAGGACCGAGGCAUUACUCAGGAAAUAAAAAGGCGUGGUUUAAAAGUUGCAGUGGCUGGAAUACCCAAGACAAUUGACAAUGACAUUCCGGUUAUAGACAAGUCCUUUGGUUUCGACGCCGGUGUUGAGGAGACUCAACGGGCUAUCAAUGCAGCUCAUGUUGAAGCUGAAAGUUUUGAGAAUGGCGUUGGUGUUGUCAAGUUAAUGGGCCGCUACAGUGGAUUCAUAGCAAUGUAUGCCACUCUUGCCAGCCGAGAUGUGGAUUGUUGCUGAAUUCCAGAAUCACCCUUUUAUCUGGAAGGACCAGGUGGACUUUUUGAAUUUAUGGAGAAAAGACUCAAAGAAAAUGGGCAUAUGGUUAUUGUAAUAGCUGAAGGUGCUGGACAGGAGCUUCUUUCUGAAAGCAUGCACACCAUGAACCAGCAAGAUGCAUCAGAAAACAAGCUACUUGAAGAUGUUGGGUUGUGGAUAUCUCAGAAGAUCAAGGUAUCUGCACAUCCGUUUACUGGUUGCCAUAUUGUCUUCCAUGUCUGGUUGGUUUGUAGGUGCAUGUGUGUGGUAUCAGUGUGCAUGUAUUUACGAUACUAACUGAUUCCUGAAUUUAUUUAAAGCUCAUGAAUGAUACGUUACACAUUGAGAGAUAUAUUUGCAUAAUACUUGAAUAUCUUACUGCCAAGUAGGAGCAAGCAAUGGAGCUAUCUUUGUGUCACUGUUACCCACUUGGGUUUUGCUCUAUUCAUUUUGUUACCACUCGGUAGCACCAUCACUGCUACCCACUGGCCCUGAAGAAAAAUGGCACCCAUAUGAAAUGUAGCCCUUUGUUUUAAUGAUGUCAAUGGGACAUAGCAUGUAACGGUCCUCACUCUUAACCCAAAGUAAGUAAAUCCAAGUCACUUGGGAAUAACAAUCAAUAAAGGUGACAAACCACCAAUACCUAGAAGUAGAAAUUAUAGGUGAAGGCGCCCACACAUCAG